AUGACGAAUCUGGGGGAGAAGUUGACGGACGAAGAAGUUGAUGAGAUGAUUCGCGAGGCUGACAUAGAUGGAGAUGGGCAAAUUAACUACGAGGAAUUCGUGGGGAUGAUGCUUGCGAAUUCCUUAAUUGGUUCGUCCGGGGCAGAAGCGGUUGCUCUUGUCGCAGUGUUACGUCAUCAAUUGCUGCUGCCCGGCUGGUAG